AUGGUCGCCAAUCGAGGACCAGAGCUGAUGGCGGUAUGCACGACAAUGGUGUCGCUGUCAGUUGUGUCAGUUGCCCUUCGAGUCUAUGUUCGAACCCGUUUGGUCAAGGCUUUUGGGUGGGAUGACUUCUUCAUGGUGUGGGCAUUGCUUUUUCACAUAAUGUUCGCAACUUGUGCCAUAGGGGGCGUCCAGUAUGGUACCGGGCGGCAUAUGAAAGACUUGAGCGAUGCCGAUAUCUUGAAGGCUAUGCGAUACUGGUGGCUAUGCUAUAUAGCGUAUUGUUUCGCAUGCAUAGCAGUAAAGCUUUCUAUCGGAGUUUUUCUGCUACGCAUAACAAUCAGGCCCCUUCAGCGAUGGAUCAUCUACAUCGUCAUGGGCCUUACCGUCUUGACUGGACUGGUCUUCUUCUUUGUCACACUCCUCCAGUGUACGCCAAUAUCCUUCUUCUGGGACAAAAUGUCGCAGAAAGGAUCAUGCAUCAACAUUGAUGUAAUCAUCGCACUCACCUUUCUUUACAGUGUUGUCUCAGUCAUCUGCGAUUUUACGUUCGCUAUUUUACCGAUCUUCCUUGUGUGGAACCUCAACAUGUCUGUCAACACACGACUCAUGUUAAUCCCCAUCUUGGGCAUGGCUUGCGUAGCCAGCAUCGCGGUCCUCUGCCGUAUGGCAUACGUCAUGGAUUUCAAGGACCCAGACUUCCUAUGGGCUACACUCGACAUUGCUAUCUGGAGUGACACCGAACAAGCGCUUGCUAUCACCGCCGGCAGUCUCGCAACCCUCCGUCCUCUCUACCGAAAAAUCGCGAAUCAUUUCGGCAUAAGCACCACAGGUGGCGGCGAAAGUGGAAAGAGCAAUCAGAAGUGGUUCAGCGCAGCACAAACACCAAAGGAGUCAAAAAGGAAAAGCUUGUUCAACAUGGGAACAUUGAUGCGGACGGAGAAAGGCACAGUGCGAGACAAAGACAACGAGGAAGAUUACGGAAUGGGGAGCUUGCAGCCAAUUCGUCUGCGAGACGAUCUUGUCAACGAUGAUCAAGUGGAGAGGACCGAGAAGGGCUUCAUCUCAUGGACGGUGUCAGCCGGCAGCAAGAGCUUCGACGAAGAGCAGCGCAUGCCUCCGUUACCUACAGGGAAGAUCACCAUGCAAAAGGACGUGGUCCAGGAGUCAGAAAGGCGAUCGUCCUAA